AUGGACGAAAAACGCGACCUCUACAAGAUUUUAAGUCUCCCACGAACUGCAUCACAAAAGCAGAUACAAAAGGCAUACUAUAAACUGGCAAUCCAGUGGCAUCCCGACAAAAACAAGUCAUCAGAAUCCUCCGCGAAAUACGAAGAAAUAUCAGUAGCCUAUCACACUCUUCAUGAUUCAAGAUCAAGGGCUUUCUAUGAUUUGUUUAACUAUCCUCGAAUCUCCAUUCCCAAAACCCUUGAUGUCCCAAAAAAGAGACCAAUUGAUCCUCUUUUCGAUUUUUCAGCCGCCGAUAGAGAAGAAAACGAGAUUUUAGGAAAACUCGAAAAAGUUAUGAGAGGAAUUAAGUCUGAUUUUGCGUUUGCACCAGCUAUGAAAGUGCAAAAACGCAAAGAAAAUGAUGACGCAUAUAAUGCGAAAAUUGAAAAUAAAGAACUCCCUAAGCUAGAAUAA